AUGCUCGGGACCGUCGGGCUGGGCCUGCUGGCUCUGGUCAGCACGGUGAGCCCGAGCCAGGCCAGCGGCUUUACAGAAAACGGCCUUUCCUUGCUGAGUUUCCAGCUGUGCAACUACAGCGUGACCCGAAACGUCCAGAAAGUGGAGGCCAUCCACACGUCGCACGUGACCUACGCUCCCUGUGGCGGGUGGAUCCCGUGGAGGAGGUGCCCCAAGACGGUGUACAGAACUCGGUACCUGGCCGUGGACGUCCCCCAGCCCAGGAACGUGACCGACUGCUGUCGGGGUUAUGAGCAGCUGGGCCUCUACUGCGUCCCGCCCCUGAAUCGGUCCAGGGAGUUUGCCUCGAGACCCGGGAUCUGCCCCGCGGUGGGGCCAGAAGCACCCGCCUCGCCGUGCACGCUGGACACAGACUGCCCCGGGCUUCAGAAGUGCUGCGUCUCCCCCCGGGGCCACCACUGUGUGGCUCCCGCUCCCCGAGCUCCAGAGAGGGACCCGGUGACCUUCUGGUACGACGUGACCGUCCUGGUGAAAAUGGCCUUCAAGGAACUGGAGGAGGUGGACCCCAGGCUGCUGAAUCACAUGCGGCUUCUGUACUCCAUGGUCACCAGUGCCUUGCAGCCGCUGCACCCCUCCGUCCACCACCUGCAGUCGGCCAGUGGGGACCCCUCGACCACGGUGUCGCAGCUGCUGCUGGGCCUGCCGUGGCCCGUGCCUGUGGCCAACAUCUCCGCGACGCUACACAGCAUCGUGCAGCGUGUCUAUGAAGUGAUCGACAUCCGGGUGCAAGAUGUCAGUGGGUGCUUCUUGGAUGAAGUCGAUGCCUCCUCCAGGGAGGAGCAGUGUUUGAACGUGGAGGGCUUGCGGCAGUGCACCUGUCACCCCUAGCCGCUGACCUCAUCACCCCAGAAGCUGAGCUGGCGGUGGGAAGACUGCCCUCCCAUCCGGGACUACAUGACCCUCAACGUCACCAGCAGCAGCUUUCGGGUGUCUUGGCGUUUACAUUCUCCCUGGCCCCGCACUUUCCACGUGCAGGUGUACAAGGGGGAGGAGCUCCUCCGGAGCGCCAGGACCGCAGGGAGGAGCCUGGAGGUGGCGGGGCUGGAGGCCGGAGAGCUCUACGGGGUGCGGACCGGCUACCAGGGCUGCGGGGCCAACGUCACCGCCACACUGGCCGUCAGAACCGAUGCCCGGGUGUUCCAAGUCACCGUCAGGGUCCUCAACCGCAACGUGACGGGGGCCCUUCUCAACCGCAGCAGCACCGAGUUCCGGGACUUUUCUCGACAACUGCUCCACGAGGUUGAAAACUCCUUCCCGCCAGCCGUCUCCGACCUGCACAGGAGAGGGAAGCUGAGGACACAGAUGGUCUCUCUCCAGGCUGGAAGCGUGGUGGCGACGCUCAGGCUGACCGUGCGGGACCCCGAGUUCCCAGUGGGGGUCUCCACGCUGGCCCCCAUGCUCCCGCCUCUGCUGGCCAGCACCGUGUUCCAGAUUGAUCCGCGGGGGACGCUCGUGCAAGAUUGGGACGAGUGUGCAGACAGCCGGGGGCACGACUGCUCACCCGCUGCCCAGUGCAUCAACGUCGAGGGCUCCUACACCUGUCGGUGCCGGACGGCCAGGGACGCCAACCCCUCCCGCGCGGGCCGGGCCUGUGAGGGUGACGUGGUGAGCCCCACAGGAGGGGUGCUGGCUCCAGCAACAGGUGUUACAGCCCCAGCUCUCAGCACAGAGACAGCAGCCCUUGGCCCAGAGACGUCUGCCUUGUGGCCCAGCCCUGGGCACCCGGGGGGCACCCCUGCAGCAAAUCAGGCCCAGACCCCGGGGCCCCCACCCAGGAGAGGGGGCAGCGGCCCGGUCGGGAAGGACAAGAACAGCACGAGGCAAGGCCUGGAGGAGGGAGCACCCGGCAACUCGAGCACGGAGCGGCCCCUCUGGCCCAGUCCUACCGAGGGCCCCACAGACCACAUCAUCUGGCACGCCAGCCUCCCCACCGGGGACACAGCACCAGCAGCUCUGGACCCCACAAGGCCACAGAACUUGGUCCCCGGACCCUCCGGCUCCCCGGACCCUCCCUCGGCCCCCACCCCUGAGUCUCUGAAGCUUCCGGCCUGUGUUCCCGUCCCCAUCGAGAGGGUCACGGUGUCCAACGUGACCAGCACCAGCUUUCACGUGGCGUGGGCGGCGGAUCUCACCCCACACCCCACCUUCCAGCUCACCCUGACCUCCCCGCGGAACCCCGCGGUGCACCUGGAGACCCGGGACGCAAGCCUGACGCUGUCGGGCCUGGAGCCUGGCGUCCUGCACCUGGUGGAGAUAGCGGCCAAAGCUUGCGGGAACGGAAGUGCCAGGGCCCGCCUGAAAGUCAGGACAGCGGCCCAGAAGCUCAGAGGGAAAGUCAGAAUAGCCAACGUCAGGUACGUGGAGCCCUUCCGGAACGCAAGCAGCAGGGAGUAUCAGGACUUCCUAGAGCUGUUCUUCAGGGUGGUGCGGGGUUCCUUGCCGGCCGCCAUGCUUCAGCACGUGGACGCCGGUGGGGUCCAGAUGGAGGUGACCCGCGUCGCCAACGGCAGCAUCGUGGUAGAGUUUAACCUGCUGAUCAUCGCAGACGUGGAUGUCCGUGAGGUGUCUGCUGCGUUCCUCGUCGCCCUCCGGAACGCCUCUCUGCUGGAGGUGGUCGGCGAGGACACUUUCAUACAAGAUUACGACGAAUGUGACAGCCAGGAGCACGACUGUGAGCCGGGCGCGUCCUGCCACAACACCCUGGGCUCCUACACCUGCAGCUGCCCGGGAGGAGCCCCCCGCUUCCCUGUGGAAUUUUCGGGAAGAUCCUGUGACGGUUUUUCCGUCCUGGACGAGCUUUCUAACGUGUGCGUCUGUGUGCACACGUGUAACGUGACGAAUACGGUGGUGAGGACCACCCUGAGGAACGACCUGUCCCCUGAGGGCAUCAUCCACCAUCUGAAGAUCCUGAGCCCCAUCCACUGUGCCUUCCAGAACGACCUCCUGACAUCGUCAGGCUACACCCCAGAAUGGGGGGUCUAUACCAUCAUCGAGGACCUCCAUGGUGCUGGCAGUUUUGUCACCGAGAUGCGGUUGUUUAUUGGGGACUCCCCUAUACCUCGAAAUUACAGUGUGUCUGCCAGUGAUGAUGUCAAGAUCGAGGUGGGGCUCUAUAAACAGAAGAGCAACCUCAAGGUGGUCCUGACCGAGUGCUGGGCGACACCAUCCAGCAACGCCAGGGACCCGGUCAUGUUUGGCUUCAUCAACAACAGCUGCCCCAUCCCCAACACACACACGAACGUGAUCAAGAACGGGGACUCCAGCAAGGCCCAGUUUAAGCUGAAAAUCUUCUCCUUCAUCAACAACUCCAUCGUCUACCUGCACUGCAGGCUUCGUAUUUGCAUGGACUCCCCUGGAAGCACGUGCAAAAUAAAUUGCAAUGACGUCAAGUCCCCGAGAAGCAGCGAGGCAUCCACCAUACACCAGACAUCCUGGGGACCCCUCGUCCGGUCUGAAGACGGAGACUGCCGUGGGCUGCAGAGACCUCUCCUCCGGAAGCCUCCCUUACCUGCAGCCAGGUGGGCUCCCCGGGGGGAGGGGCAGGAACGACGUGGGGGUCGGCGGGAGGAGGUGCCUCGGGAUCAAGUGUACUGUCCCCGGGCGUGCCCACCGUCCCGCUGCGGCUCCCUGGCCCUCGGCUCCCAGGACUUCCUGGCUGCGUCCACCGGCCUCCGGAGCCCCAACAAGCUGUGGCUGCCGGUGCCCCAGCCCGGCUCCCGAGGCCACCCCCGGCGCCCCAGGCCUGCAGACUCUUCCACUGUGGCUGAUGUCCUGCGCGUAGCGCUCUGGGCCCCCUUCCCCAGGGCCCGGCCCCGCCAGGGUGUGCUGGUGCCACCUUGUACUGGCUUUGGGAGCCCAGCAUGA